AUUAGCCUUCAACCCUGUACAACAGCCAUUUCAGUACUUUCAACAGCAAUCCCGUACAGUCUCUCGUCUUUGAGGUAUCCCAAUCCUAACCUCUUCAAUUGACCUAAGGAUGAUUUUACCUUCGUCUCCGGUCGUCUAUCCGGCCAGCUCCUCUCCCGUGGGAGCAGCCAAACGGGCAAAACCGCAUCCCGAUCCUCAUCCACGGCCUCGUGCGAAAGGUGGUUUUCUUAUCGAUGAUGACUCCGACGAGGACGACGUUUUACAAGAACCUGCAUCCAAGAGGCGGAUGCUUAGCAGUCCCAGCGAGCAUGCAGCCGCCGAGUACACCGAACCAUCUUCGCCUCCACUCACACUUUCAAAUCCUGGACUUAAGGAGGUUAAAUCGUUUUCACUCGAAUCUACUUCACAACCAAAGGCCAAUGAGAAUGAAAGUCAAUUCGCUACGAUGAAGUCUUUAUUUAACUCUAGCAACGUAUCAUCUAUUUUCGAUCGGUUCGCUUCUCGCCAAGCGCAAAGCAACUUGAAGAUCACAACAUGUUCGGGGAAGACGAUUAAUAUCAAACAACGAAAGCCGGGUGCUGGCGUGUCCUAUGAACAGAUGGUUGCCUCUCGAUCAAAAACGAAGGAAGGCCGAGCAAGGAAGAGUUAUUAUGGCAUUGAUAUUCAUGAAUUAAUAGAGGCUACUUCUAAGGAACUGGCCAAUAAGCCUUCGACCUCGACGCCCGUCCCUGAUGAGCCGAUGCCUUCUGUGGAACCCGCCAAGAAGCCGAAGAAGUCCUUAUUGUGGACUGAGAAAUACCGUGCUAGGAAUUUUAUGGAUUUAGUUGGCGACGAUCUGACGAAUCGACAAGUUCUACGAUGGUUGAAGAGAUGGGACCCUAUCGUCUUCCCGGGGGCGGCAAAAUCGAGACAUGUUAUAAGGCGGCCCGGCGCGAAGGUGGAGGCCGAGGAGGAAAAGCCGCACCGCAAGAUAUUGAUGCUCACGGGGCCUCCUGGACUGGGGAAGACUACGCUCGCCCAUGUCUGCGCGAAGCAAGCAGGUUAUGAAGUAAUGGAGAUCAAUGCCAGCGAUGACCGUAGCCGGGACGUCGUAAAGAACCGGAUUCGUACGAGUCUUGGCACGGAAAACGUCAAGACGGUGCAACAAAAUAAACCUCAGGAUGGAAAGCAGCAGAAGGUCGCACGCCCCGUAUGCGUAGUGGUCGACGAAGUUGAUGGCGUCGUGACAGGCUCCGGCGCCUCAGGAGAAGGUGGUUUCAUAAAAGCCCUGAUAGAUCUAAUUACAACUGGGGAGAAAAAUGCCUCCGGGCAAGAGACAGCCGCUCAGAAUUCGGGGCGUCGAAAAAAGAAAGGCGACGAUUUUCGUCAGAUGCGUCCGCUCAUUCUUAUAUGCAAUGAUGUCUACCAUCCGUCUCUGAGGCCUUUACGUCAAUCGAACCUAGCCGAAGUUAUCCACGUUGGCAAGCCUACUAUUGACGCUGUUGUAACUCGCCUCAAGACCGUUUUUGAGAAGGAAGGGAUUCCAUGUGAGAAAGAUGCUGCGCGAAAGUUAUGUGAAGCGGCUUGGGGUAUGAGCAGCGGUAUUGACGCCAAAAAGGGCGCUGAGAGUACAGCUGAAGGAGAUCUACGAGGCGUUAUGGUUGUUGGCGAAUGGGUUGCAGGCCGUGUUAGGUCUGCGUGUCUCAAAGGCCCACCAUGUUUAACGCGACAAUGGGUUGAGCGGAAUAUCAUCCAUGACCUAUCUCAUGGCGGUGGUGGAGCAAGAGGCGUAGGACGGGGUAGUGUCAAGGAUAUUGUUACCCGUGUCUUCCAAGAUGGAGCUGGAUUUCCUAAGAGUAACGUACUAAUCACGGCCCCUUCAUCGAAAUACCGCAAUGAGCAGCCAAUAGCACAGCUCGGAUUCUCGGAGCAGCAAAAGAAAUAUGGCAUGGAGCGCCUGAGAGAAAUGAUCGAGACCAGUGGUGAUGUGGACAGGGUCAUGACGGAUGUGUUUCUGGACUACCCUAACCACGAAUUCAACGACGAUUCGUUCUUGAGUAAGCCGGAUUGUGCUUACGAGUGGAUGCACUUUCACGAUACCUGCUCGUCCAGGCUCUUUGGAAGCCAAGACUGGGAAUUAGCCCCGUACCUCUGCCAGCCUAUCCUUGCGUGCCAUCACUUAUUCUCGGGGCCUAUCCGGCGUAGCAACCUAGGUUAUGAACGAAAGUGGGGCGGCGGUGAUGCUGACGACGCCCCGCCGCUCCCCUUCUCGGGUGCGAGAGCCGACUUUCUUGCACGCGAAGCCGAAAAAGAGAACCGCGCCAUGCUCCAGGCGAUGCAAGCUCAGUUACCACCCAGCCUCAUGCGCUCUUUCCGCAGCCCCGAGGAUAUCGCGACAGAUUUUCUUCCGUACCUUAUCCGCUUAGUAUCCCCGGACGUGAAACCAGUUGUCGUUGGAGGAAGCGGAGACCAAAAAGGUACAGCGAGUGUCCGAAAGGAUACCGAGAAGGCUAUGGUGAAACGAGCCGCAGAAACACUAGCGGAAGUUGGCAUUGAACUUGAGAGAGGAAAGAUCGAGAGCGAGUCCCCAUUCAGUAGGGGGCCGCAGUGGGUGUACCGUAUGGAGCCCGAUCUCGACAGCUUGGCUACGUUCGAAACUUCAGCUGCUGUCAUCCACGGCACGCAUGUCCCGACACGUUAUGCCGUACGACAGGUGCUAGAUCAGGAGCUGCAGAAAGCGAAGUUGGAGCGCGAGAAGCUAGCACGACAAGCACGAUUCACGGGUCGUAAUCCUCACGCCGCGGCGUUCGAGGACAUGCCUUUAGUCUUUAACGACAAGGAGAAUAAGGCUUCGAAAGCAGCCGAGCUACCCAUUCUAGGGGUGAAGAAAGACUUCUUCGGACGCGUCAUCCAGAACACGGAAGCUCGCGCGCUGAAGGAAACGGAUGGCAACGGUAGACCUAGGAGCAAGGCUGGGGAUGAAUCCCUCGCGAAGGGCGAGACGAAGAUCUGGGUUACGUUCCAUGAAGGCCUGAACAAUGCCGUACGGAAACCAAUUUCUCUAGAUGAGCUGCUCAGGGGGUUGUGACGAUGGCUAAUGUACAGGUUACUUGGGUUUAAAUGCACAAUAGGGGUUGGAGAAUAGGGGUUGGAGCAUGGCUCUAGGCGUUCGGAAUAUAAGGUAAUAGCAUUGCGUUUAUCAAAGGAGAUCU